UAUUCUACCGUGUCUGAAACGAGUCCAAUUCGUAGGAAGCUUUCAAAGACAAUCCUAAUUAUCUGUUUAUUUUUUUAAUCUCUUUCUUCUUUCUUCUUUUUCAGUUUUUCCAUUAUAAAAACUUCAUCGUGGGUCAGAACCUCUAAACAAAAUCAUCAACUCGUCUAAGAAGAAGAAGAAAAGGUUUUAUAUAUUUUUCCAAGAGAUUAAAGAUUGUUAACUUUCUCGAACCAAAAUGGCAUCUAACGACGCUGGAAGGCCGUUGCCAAAAUUUGGGGAAUGGGAUGUGAAUGAUCCGGCGACGGCGGACGGAUACACGGUGAUAUUCAGCAAAGCCGGUGAAGAUAAAAAGACGGGACGGAGUUCGACCAAGACAAAUUCUCAGAGGAAACAAGACGGUGAUAAACCAGCGGUCAAGAAAUGGCUCUGUUUUACCUUCUCUUGAUUUUGUAUUAAACUCUAAUCUAAUCCUAAGAGAGAGUUUAGCUUUGAGCCUGAUGAGCCUCUGAGAACUUUUAGUCAUCUAAUACAAAAGAUUCUGCCUUUUUGUUUUCUUAUGAUGUAUUUAUGCAUUGGGUAAUAAUAUGCAUAGAAUCAACAAAACUUGUAGUUCUUGAUAUGUGAUUAAAGAAUGAAAAGAUUUAAUGAAAUGAUAAUGUUGAAUGAUUUGGUCUGCAAUGUAAGAAAAGAUGAUUAAUAUGAGAGUAAAAGACAAUAAGGAACAUAGUAAACAGAGAGAUAAGUGAUGAAGAGUAUAUUAAGUUGAGAAUAAGAGAGUAUGAAUAUCAAGAGAUUAUAGAGAUUGACAGUAACCAAGAGAGAAGAGAAUGGUGAAGAAGAAAGGGGAACUCCCCUCUUUCAGCUUAGAUUAUAAUUGAUUACAAUGAGGGCUCUUUAUACCCAACACACACACUAGACAAAUGAGAGGAAGAAGACAAAGAGAGAUAGAUCUGGAUUCAAAAUGAAUGGUUAGGAUGGGAGGAUCUGAAUUAAUUUGAAUUGAAUGGCUGAGAUGCAGGAGAGCUUCCAAUGUGAUAGUGACAACUCCUAACAGCCAUUUUUCUUCUCUCCAACAUGUUAUUUUAAUCACCACUUGUCCAGCCUCUCUCUCCAAAGGUCAGAACCUAAUUUGAAUUCAAAUUUGCCUCUCAAGUUGAAGUUGCACGAAUUUCACCCUUAGGCACAAGUCUGGCGCUCAAGUCUCAAGUCUGGCACUCAAGUCUCAAGUCUGGCAGCUUACAUCUCAAGUCUGGUGCUUCUUAUAAAGCCUUAUAAAACCUUUAUAAAACCUUAUAAAACCUUAUAAGACCUUAUAAGACUUUAUAAGUAUUUUCAAGUGUGGCAGCUUAAUUCUCAAGUCUAGCAGCUUAAUUCUUAAGUCUAGCUGCUUAAUUCUGCUUCAUGUCAACACUUCCCCUCAAGCUUGACCAUAGGAGAUCCUUGGGCAAGCUUGGAACUGAGAGUACUUGCCUCAUUAAAAACCUAAGCAUAGAAAACCCUUUGGGAUAAAACCACACUUAGGAAAAGAGUACAAGCCUCUCAGCCUAGGGAUUGACCAGUGAUUUUAUGAGCCUUAUGAUGAUGUUGAGGGACUCAUAAACUCUGGAUCAUGGCCUUACUUCAAUGGCAAGCAGACUCCAAUGCCUUCCUUGCUUCACACUUAAAACAACCUUUGAGCUUCUUCUUAUGACCAGAGCUUGUCUCCCCCUUUCUUCUAGCUUCUUGCUUCCAUUUAGGGUUGAAUCCAAGCCUGCCUUUUCUCAUGAGCUCAAUAGGUAUCUUGUAAACAUUUCUGGAAUGCUGGUGAGGAGUACUGAACACUUGAAUCCCUCACACCAGCUGCUUCUCAACCAGUCUGUGCAUUGUCACUCUUGAAGCUUUCAACAUGUAGGGGGACGUUGCAACUCCAUGAUCUGCCACCAUCAUGUGAUUGCUCAGCAAGAAAAUCCCUAGUUGAAUACUCCUUGUGUCCUUGCAUAUAUGUGACCAGAUUGUAAAUCACCAUUUGCUGGCUUCCUUAAACUUCAUCAACCAGGUACAAGCACACAUGCUAUGGGCUGAUUCAAAGCUUCCCAACUGAAGGUAUCUGUUCUAACUCCAUAUAGUAGCUGGUCCAUAGCUUCUCAACCAGAAGGUAUUGUUCCAACUGAAGGUAACUGCUCUAACUCUAUAUAGUAGUUGAUCCAUAGCUUCCCAACCAGAAGGUAACUGUUCUAACUCCACGCUUUGGGCUGAUCCAUAGCAUUCCACUCAGCUCCACAUGAUUUUCUUGUCAAGUAGUCUAUGAUGGCCAUCUGUUCUAACACCAAGUUGUUGAUGUCCAUGUUGAUUUUUCUUUGUAGUGGGUUCUAGAUGGCUGGUGAACUCCACUUCAACUCCACUUCUGAUCUGUGGUGAGGCAAUGGACGACUUGAACCUUCAGGAAUGAUGCUCACCAUUACCCCUCCUCAAGCUUGAUCCGGAGAGUAUAAGUGAAGGACCAAGCUUAGAAAGGGAGCAAUACUGAACCUAAACCAGGAGCACAACAGUACCAACACCUGCGCUUAAGCCAACUGAUCCACCCUUGGUCUCUGCUCCAAUGCCUUUAGAGGUAACUGAGGCAACAUAUGACUUGGACCUUCAGGAUUGCUCACCAUUACCCCUCCUCAAGCUUGAUCCGGAGAAAAUGAGUGAAGGACCAAGCUUGGAAGUGAGCAACACUGAGUCUUGAAACCAGGAGCGCAUCACCCUAACAGCUUCGCUUAAGCUAACUGGUUCCUCCCUUGAUCUCUUCUCCCCUGCCUCUUGUAAGUCUUUUGAACCAAGAGCUCAACAACCAAACGGUCUGCGCUUAAGUCAACCGGUUCUUGCAAUUCAUGAGGAGAUUCAGCCUGGUGGAUGGCUGAUCAAACAUUGGUCUGCCUCUCCAUCAAUACUCCUUCCUGAAGUAUCUUCAAAGCUCAGUCAUAUUCUAUCUCAGCCACGACUUAUUACCAUCUGGACUCCUCACACAAACAAUCUCUCCAUGGUCAGGAAUAUACACACUGUGUAGGCUCUGGAUCAUACAGGAAUGUACACAUGUGUAGGCUCUGAACAGCAUGGGAAAAGUCUUCGUCUUUGUCUUGAUUUGAUGAUGGACAGAGAACAACACUUGUGUACCUGAAACAUCACUCAAACUCCAGCAAGAAUCAGACCACACACACUAGGAUCAGACCUUGGUAACUCACCAAUCAUGAUCCCAAUGUUUUAAGAAAAUGCAAUAGAUAGAAUCUACACAACUCAUUCAGUUCAAAUCCAUGCAAACUAUUCACUAAAUGCUCAGGUAUGAUAACUCAUCAAUUACAAGGCAUUUAGGCUAUUUUUAAUGACCAUUUAAGUAACAACAUGAUUAAUUAAAUGUCAAAACAUGGACUAGAUAACUUAUUUAAUCAUCCCAAGCAGUUCAUGAAUGCAUCACAGGACCAGAAACAACAUAUAGAUGCAAACAAGACUAGAAACAACAUAUAGAUGCACUACAAGACCAGGAAACUCUCCUAGACUUUUAGCAAUGCAACAAGACACAAAACAGGUUCUAGACAACUCGCCUAGACCUUACACAACUCAAACAAUUGACCUAAAACAAUAACUAGUCAUAACCAUGCUGGUAAACUUAGAAAUAAUUUUAAAAAAAAACAGAAUCAACAAACACAACUUAAGUAUCUUGAGACAUGAACUAGGUUCAACAACUCUAGCAACUUGAACAUGUCCCAAGUAUACUAAACACACCACUCAACACAACCAGAACCAUUAUCCCAAAUUCAUAUCAAGAAGGAGAGGUUUAACUUACAACCAAGGAACCUGAGCUGGUUCCUUGAACCUCCAAUACACAUGGGUCAUGACAAUUUGUUGGAUCUGAGAUGUUGAGUUGAACUCCAACUCCUUCUCUUUAAGUACAUGACCUCCUUCUUGUAUCCAUCACACCAAAGUCUCCUCCUUUCUUCAUGCUUGAGGGUCGCCACCUUCUUGGAAGCUCUCUUCUUGGAUAGAGAAAGAGAACCACUUGUACAAGGUAGUUUUGAAGCUUUGCUAGGAAAACUACUCAAUAAACUUUUGCUUUCAAGUGGUUUCUUCACCAUAUUUGACAGGGGAAAAGAGAUUGGAAACUUUGGAAAACAAUAGACUGCUGGAUAAAAGAGUGUGCUCAAAAAUCUUCAAGAAAAAUGAGUGGUAGACUGAACUGGUUGAGCUUGAUGAGGGUUCUUGAGGCUUAGAGACUUGUAUACACCUUGCCUUAGAGCUGGUUGUGGGUUCUUCCUUCUUGGAAAACCUUUGGACCGCCGGAUAAAAGGUUGUACCAGACUCAUAUGAAGAUGAACUGAGAAUGAAUUAGAUUUGCGGAAGCUUUUGUGAGGUUCAGGAGCUUAAAGCUCUGAUACCAUGUAAGAAAAGAUGAUUAAUAUGAGAGUAAAAGACAAUGAG